AUGAGUGGCACUAUUAAAUUGGUACAGAAAAUUUGCUCCCGAGCUGUGGCGGUAGAGGUAUUUUUGUCAAACUUAUCGUCUAUUUUUUCUUCGCGCCCUUUACUACAGCACCCUAGUAAAACAAGUUGCCGCUCAUGUAGAUGUACGAUAAAUUGCUGUAGUACCAAAGAACCCCCCUACCAUUCGACCUUUGCUGGUCGGGUGAGACCGAAAGAAUUAUCGACCUUUACUGAUCGGGUGAGACCGAAAGAAUUUGCUGCAAAUGAAGUUUAUUUUAUCCCCCCGCCGGUCGUUACAGCUUGCUGGCCAUUUCUAUUUGUGGCCCUGCUUAUUUACAACCAGGAAGGUCAAGGUGAAUUUCCAUGCGCAGCAGAGUUUUUCUCAUCUUUAUCAAUCUCUUUGGGUACGACACGCAAGAAUUACGAGCCUAGCUACUGA